GUAUAAAUUGUCUUGAAGGUGAUUCAAAGGUAAUACUCAGCGCCGCCCGCUCCAUCAAAAACCUCACAUCUCUCUCUUCCUUCCUCCUCCAUCUCCAUGGCUCUUUGUUACCACCACCUCCUUCACCUGCCCUCGCGCCGCUCUCUGUUACCCAGUACCCCCUCCUUAGCCUCCUAUCUGCCGCCUCUCCUCAAGCCCUUCCCAAAUUCCCGUCUCCCCCUCACUGGCCUCCUACACCACUUCGUCCCCCGCGCCUCAGCCCGGCGGGAGGCGGAGAGGCCGGAUGCCGCGGGACUUCAUCCUGUGGGGGGAAAACGUACGGACAUCAAGAAGAUUAUGAUCCUGGGCGCCGGGCCGAUCGUGAUCGGGCAGGCGUGCGAGUUCGAUUACUCCGGCACGCAGGCGUGCAAAGCCCUGGUGGACGAGGGCUACGAGGUGGUGCUGGUGAAUUCCAAUCCAGCUACCAUCAUGACCGACCCUGACCUCGCCCACCGCACCUAUGUGGGACCCAUGACUCCGGAGCUGGUCGAGCAGGUGCUCGAUGCCGAGCGGCCUGAUGCCAUCCUCCCCACGAUGGGCGGCCAGACUGCUCUCAAUCUCGCUGUCGCGCUCGCGGAGUCUGGCGCCCUUGCUCGCCGCGGGAUCGAGCUUAUUGGCGCCAAGCUGGAUGCCAUCCGCGCCGCUGAGGACCGCGACCUCUUCAAGCGCGCUAUGGAUCGCAUCGGCCUCCGCACGCCGCCGUCUGGCAUCGGCACUACCCUGGAUGAGUGUCUAGCCAUUGCCGAAGACAUCGGUGGUUUCCCCCUCAUUAUACGUCCUGCCUUCACCCUUGGCGGCACUGGUGGUGGCAUCGCGUACAACGGCGACGAGUUUGAAGCUAUUUGUCGCGCUGGACUUGCCGCUAGCCUUACAUCCCAGGUCCUGGUCGAAAAAUCACUUCUUGGGUGGAAAGAGUACGAGCUGGAGGUUAUGCGUGACCUUGCCGACAAUGUCGUGAUCAUCUGCUCAAUUGAGAACAUUGAUCCCAUGGGUGUACACACAGGGGAUUCAAUCACAGUGGCACCUGCACAGACAUUGACGGAUAAGGAGUACCAGAGGUUGAGGGACUAUUCGGUGGCAAUCAUUCGAGAAAUCGGGGUGGAAUGCGGGGGCUCUAAUGUGCAGUUCGCAGUUAAUCCAGUGGAUGGGGAGGUUAUGGUGAUUGAGAUGAACCCUAGAGUCUCAAGAUCAUCCGCACUUGCCUCAAAAGCAACUGGCUUUCCCAUUGCUAAGAUGGCUGCUAAGCUGUCUGUGGGUUAUACCCUUGAUCAGAUUCCAAAUGAUAUCACCAAGAAAACGCCAGCUAGUUUUGAGCCAUCUAUAGACUAUGUGGUUACAAAGAUCCCUCGAUUUGCCUUUGAGAAAUUUCCUGGUUCAGAACCAAUCUUAACAACCCAGAUGAAAUCGGUGGGUGAAGCAAUGGCACUCGGUAGGACUUUCCAAGAGUCCUUCCAAAAGGCAGUUAGAUCGUUGGAGUCUGGAUAUUCUGGGUGGGGUUGUGCACGUAUCAAGGAACUCAACUGGGAUUGGGAUCAGUUGAAGUACAGUAUGAGAGUGCCUAAUCCAGAUCGUAUACACGCUGUAUAUGCAGCAAUGAAGAAAGGAAUGAACAUAGAAGAAAUUCAUGAGCUGAGUCUUAUUGACAAAUGGUUUCUUUUCCAACUAAAAGAGUUGGUAGAUGUGGAACAAUUCCUCUUGUCACAGAAGUUGGACCAGCUGACAAAGGAUGAUAUGUAUGAAAUUAAAAGGAGAGGCUUUAGUGAUAAGCAGAUAGCAUAUGCAACAUCUUCCUCUGAGGGAGAUGUACGAAAAAAACGCUUGUCACUAGGUGUGAUCCCCGCAUACAAAAGGGUUGAUACAUGUGCUGCAGAGUUUGAGGCAAACACUCCCUACAUGUACUCCUCUUAUGAUUUUGAAUGCGAAUCAACUCCCACUCAAAAGAAAAAAGUGCUGAUAUUGGGAGGUGGACCAAAUCGUAUUGGCCAGGGUAUUGAGUUUGAUUACUGCUGCUGUCAUGCUGCUUUUGCCCUUAAAGAGAACGGAUAUGAGACAAUCAUGAUGAAUUCCAACCCGGAGACUGUAUCCACAGACUAUGACACUAGUGAUCGUUUGUACUUUGAACCUUUGACUAUCGAGGAUGUUUUAAAUGUGAUUGACUUGGAGAGGCCUGAUGGCAUUAUCGUGCAGUUUGGUGGGCAAACACCGCUAAAGCUUGCUCUUCCUAUACAACAUUACCUCGAAGAGCAAAAAUUGUUAUCUUCCACUGGAACAGGGCUUGUUCAAAUAUGGGGAACAUCACCUGAUUCCAUUGACGCUGCGGAAGAUAGAGAACGGUUUAAUGCAAUUCUCAAUGACCUUGAGAUCGAACAACCUAAAGGAGGCAUAGCAAAGAGUGAAAGAGAUGCCAUCUCAAUUGCCAGUGACAUUGGCUAUCCUGUUGUAGUCAGACCUUCAUAUGUCUUGGGUGGACGAGGAAUGGAAAUAGUUUAUAGUGAUGAUAAACUGGUAAAAUACCUUGAGACUGCAGUAGAGGUGGAUCCAGAACGUCCUGUCUUGAUAGAUAAGUAUCUCAAUGAUGCCAUUGAAAUCGAUGUUGAUGCAUUAGCUGACUUCAAGGGGAAUGUGGUGAUUGGUGGCAUUAUGGAGCACAUAGAGCAAGCUGGUGUUCAUUCUGGUGAUUCAGCAUGUUCACUUCCCACAAAAACUGUGUCAAGUAAGUGCUUAGAUAUAAUUAAACAAUGGACGACAAAGCUGGCCAAACGACUAAGUGUAUGUGGGCUUAUGAAUUGUCAGUAUGCUAUUACUGCUGCUGGAGAUGUAUAUCUUCUCGAGGCAAAUCCACGCGCUUCUCGCACUGUCCCUUUUGUUUCUAAAGCUAUUGGUCACCCACUGGCAAAAUAUGCUUCCCUUGUUAUGUCAGGAAAAACUUUGCAUGAACUUGGAUUCACAAAGGAGGUGGUCCCAAGGCAUGUGUCGGUGAAGGAGGCUGUACUUCCUUUUGAAAAAUUCCAAGGUUGUGAUGUGCUUCUUGGUCCAGAGAUGCGUAGCACUGGAGAAGUUAUGGGAAUUGACUUCGACUUUCAUGUGGCUUUUGCCAAGGCACAGAUUGCUGCUGGCCAGAAGCUGCCGGUUACUGGUACAAUAUUUCUCAGCCUAAAUGAUCUGACAAAGCCACACCUUGCUUCCCUUGCUCGUGGAUUCCUGGAACUCGGUUUCAAAAUUGUCGCAACUUCUGGGACAGCUAGAGUACUAGAAUUGGAGGGUAUCCCAGUUGAGGUUGUUUUUAAAAUGCAUGAAGGGAGACCUCAUGCAGGGGAUAUGUUAGCAAAUGGAGACAUACAAGCUAUGGUAAUAACAAGUUCAGGUGAUGCACUUGAUGCAAUUGAUGGAAGGCAACUGAGGAGAAUGGCAUUGGCAUACAAGAUCCCAAUUAUAACUACAGUGGCCGGAGCCAUGGCUACUGUGGAAGCUAUUAAGAGCUUGAAGCAUAGCUCUAUCCAAAUGUUGGCCUUGCAAGAUUAUUUUAAUGUUCCAGAGCAACAGUUAAAAUUGCAGGCAGCUUCAUCUUCUGUUUAAGCUUGCAUUCCCUUGAUAUACAGAGUGUCAGCUACAGAGUCAAUCAAGCAACUUGGUAAGACUUCAUCUGCUUGUCAGUUAUCGUCGGCUAAUCACUGUCAUUAACGACGCUCUAAUUGAGUUGGAGUUAACUUUUGUUCCAAUAUGGCAAACUCUGAAGCCAAGUAGCGAGUAAUUGGAAUGGUAGCUUGUGGUUUCUCCUUGCAGCAAUGAGGAAAAUGAAACAGAAAGUGGUAAAUUUAUAUUCAUGUGUGCAAAUAAUUUCAAUCUUUACAGUAAAAGAAUAGUGAGAUUUGCUGGAAUCAAUAACUUAUGUAUCCGAAUCUAAUGUCUUGUAAUGUUUGGAUUUCCCAUCU